AUGGGUUUAUCCUUUCCUCUCAUCAUCUUGAUCGUGCACUAUCUUGUUUCAUUGAUGAUGUUUAAUCUUAUACUUUUUGCCUCUUCUUCUGGUGUGCAGCCCCUAUGGCAUGAUGAUGAGAGAUUUGCCUUGUUGCAAUUCAAGGAAAGCUUCACCAUCAGUCAGUCCGCGUCCACAAAUCCCUCUGCUUAUCCGAAGGUUUCAUCGUGGAAGCCUGAUCAAAUCAGUGAUUGCUGCAAGUGGGACGGUGUAGAGUGCAAUAAGGACACUGGUCAUGUCAUCGGCCUCGAUCUCAAUAGCAGCUGUCUUAAAGCCUCUGUAGUUUCUGGCCAAAUCCCUUCAGAAAUUUUAGAGCUCUCCAAGUUAGUUUCCUUGGAUCUCUCAUAUAAUCAUCAGCUGAAGCUCCAAAAAUCCGGCCUAACAGUUAUAGCUCAAAACUUCACAAACUUGGAAGUACUAAAUCUUGCCCAUGUUGUUAUAUCAUCCAACGUACCCAAUAUAUUGGCAAACUUAACUUCUUUAACAUCUCUAACUCUAAACAAGAGUGACCUGCAUGGUGAGUUUCCCGUGGGAAUUUUCCAUCUACCUAAUCUUCAGCUUCUUCAUAUAGAGUUUAACGAAUACCUCACGGGAUAUGUCCCAGAACUUAACAUAACUAGCCCCCUUGUUUCAUUAAGACUUGCAUUCACGAACUUCUACGGUGAGAUACCAGAUUCGAUUGGUCACCUCAAGUCCUUGGUUGAGUUUAAUGCGUGCAUUUGCAAUUUCUUGGGAGAAAUACCAUCUUCACUAGGUAACCUUACCAAUCUAAUUGUUUUAAAUCUUCAAUCAAAUAGGUUGCACGGUUCAAUUCCACAGUCAAUAUCAAGGCUUGUAAAUCUUGAAGCUCUGUGUCUCAAUAAUAACUAUUUCAGUGGCAGGGUGGAGUUUGAGUUGUUUCUGAGACUUGGAAACCUAGAUGUAUUGCAGUUUUCUGGAAACAAUAUUUCAUUCCUUACAAAUACCAACUCAACUUUUCCAAAAUUUAGUUCAUUAGUACUAAAUGAUUGUGACUUGCGUGAGUUCCCAGAGUUUUUGAGGGACCAAGAUCAGUUGGAGUAUUUAGAGCUUGGCGGAAACAAAAUUCAUGGCCAAGUUCCAAAAUGGAUGGGGAAUGUAAGUAUAGAAACUCUAAUGGGUGUAGGUCUGGAUCACAACUUUCUCACCGGUUUUGACCAAUUUCCGGUUGUACUCCCCUACGUUAAUCUAAAGCAUAUGUGGCUUGAUUUUAACAUGCUUCAAGGGUCAGUGCCAAUCCCACCACCUUCCAUUGAUUUCUAUACGGUCUCAAACAACAGACUGACCGGAGAAAUUCCAUAUUUGAUUUGCAAUCUAAGUUCAGUAACUGAGCUUGAUUUGUCAAGCAACAACUUGAGUGGCAAUCUUCCUCAAUGUUUAGGCAACUUGAGUGCUUCUCUCAAAAAAUUGGAUCUACACAGUAAUAACUUUCAUGGAACCAUUCCUCGGAUCUGCGGUGAAGCAAACGAGUUGAUGAUGAUUGAUUUCAGCACAAAUCAUUUACAGGGGCGUGUACCGAGAUCAUUGGCAGAUUGUACCAAGCUUGAAGCUGUUAAUCUUGGUAACAAUCAGAUACAUGAUAUUUUUCCUUCCUGGUUAGGCAUUCUUCCAGAGUUGAGGAUUCUCAUUUUGAGAUCUAAUGAACUCUAUGGUACAAUAGGGAGUUCUGAUAACAAUUUCGAUUUUCCGAAAUUGCACAUCAUUGACCUCUCAAAUAAUGAUCUUACUGGCAAGUUGCCCUCUGAACACUUUCAAAAUUGGAAAGCCAUGCAAAUUGUCGAUGACGAGCAAUUAAAGUACAUGGAGGAACAAAAAUGGCUUCAGUUUUCUCGAGGUGCUGGUCGUGUUAUGUACUCUUUCUCCAUGACAAUGAUGAACAAAGGCACGGAGAUGGUGUAUCAAAAAGUCUCAAAUUUGAUCAUAGUUAUUGAUCUCUCGAGGAACAGAUUUGAAGGAGAAAUUCCAGAAGUGGUGGGGCAUCUAAAAGGACUUAAUUUGCUCAACCUUUCCCAAAACUUUCUCACAGGACCUAUGCCACAUGGGAAACAAUUUGACAUAUUCAACAACAAUUCGUUUAGUGAGAACCUUGAAUUAUGCGGAAGCCCUUUGUCAAAGAAAUGUGGGAAUCUUGAAGACUCAUUGCCUCCAUCUUCAAGCCAAAACUCAACAAACCACAAUUCAGAGUUCUUAUUUGAAUUUGGUUGGAAAGUAGUCGCGAUGGGAUAUGGAUGUGGAUUCGUGUUUGGAGUUGUGUUUGGGCAAAUCGUUAUCACAAAGAAGUAUGGUUGGUUUAUGAAGACGUUUGCUAUUGGGCAGCCGAACCGAAGAAGGGUGAAUUGGAAGGGACGCAGAAAUUAA